AUGAAGACGACCUGGAAGGACAUCCCCCCGGUGCCUACUCAGCAGGAGUUCCUGGACAUUGUCCUGAGCCGAACCCAGCGCAAGCUGCCUACGCAGAUUCGCGCCGGUUUCAAGAUCAGUCGUAUUCGAGCUUUCUACACAAGAAAGGUCAAGUUCACACAGGAGACCUUUUCUGAGAAGUUUGGCGCCAUCCUCGACAGUUUCCCUCGUCUGCAGGACAUCCACCCAUUCCACAAGGAUCUCCUCAACACACUCUACGAUGCCGACCAUUUCAGAAUCGCCCUUGGUCAGAUGUCAACCGCCAAGCACUUGAUUGAGACCAUUUCUCGCGAUUAUGUCCGUCUCAUCAAGUACGGUCAGUCUCUGUUCCAGUGCAAGCAGCUCAAGAGGGCCGCUCUUGGUCGCAUGGCCACUCUCCUCAAGCGACUCAAGGAUCCCCUCAUGUACCUCGAUCAGGUCCGCCAGCAUCUCGGACGUCUGCCAUCGAUCGACCCCAACACCCGAACACUGCUUAUUUGCGGUUACCCCAAUGUUGGAAAGUCUAGUUUCCUCAAGAGCAUCACACGCGCCGAUGUCGAUGUCCAGCCUUAUGCCUUUACCACAAAGAGUCUGUUCGUCGGUCACUUCGACUACAAGUAUCUCCGCUUCCAGGCCAUUGACACCCCUGGUAUUUUGGACCAUCCUCUUGAGGAGAUGAACACCAUCGAGAUGCAGAGUAUUACCGCCAUUGCCCAUUUGAGGUCAGCCAUCAUGUACUUCAUGGAUCUUUCAGAGCAGUGUGGAUACACUGUCAGCGCUCAGAUCGCCCUCUUCAAGAGCAUCAAGCCCCUCUUCUCCAACAAGCUUGUCUUUGUUGUCGUUAACAAGAUCGACGUGACCCGGCCCGAAGACCUCGAGCCUUCCGUUCAGGCUGAGCUUGAGGGAAUCCUCAAGUCCGGCGAGGUCGAGCUCCUCCAGUUGUCUUGCAACACCCAAGAGGGUGUCCAGGAAGUCAAGAACGCCGCUUGCGAGCGCUUAAUCGCCGAGCGUGUGAACCAGAAGCUCAAGGCUGGCACCAACAACAGCGGAGAUAUUGGCGGCCGACUGGCUGAUGUUAUGUCCCGUAUUCACGUCGCUCAGCCCAUGGGUGGUCAGACUCUGGAGACAUUCAUUCCUCAGGGUGCCAAGGAUCGUAAGAAGUACGACAAGGAGGACCCCGAGCGCCGAAGACUCGCCAGAGAUGAGCAGGACGAGAACGGUGGUGCUGGUGUGUUCAACGUUGACAUGAAGGCCGACUACAUGCUCGAGAACCCUGAGUGGAAGUACGACAAGGUUCCCGAGUUCUACGACGGCAAGAAUGUCUACGACUUUGUCGAUCCUGACAUUGAGGCCAAGCUCCUGGCUCUUGAGGAAGAGGAGGAGAAACUCGAGGAAGAGGGCUUCUACGAGUCCGAAGAGGAGAUUGACGAUGAUGAGGAGGCUGAUGUCCUGCGCAAGGCCGAGCUCAUUCGCGAGAAGCAACAGCUCAUCCGCAAUGAGGCCCGCAUGAAGAAGCGCCUCAAGAACCAGGCCAUCAUCCCCCGCAAGCUCAUGAAGAAGCCGCUCUCCGAGUUCGAGGACGCCCUCGACCAGCUCGGUGUCGACACCACCGACAUCGCCGACCGCGCCCGAUCACAAUCCCGUGGCCGUGCUCGUUCCAGGUCUCGCAUGGGCACCGAAGACCCCGAUGCCAUGGAUGUCGAUGGUCGCACUCCUCGCGAGCGUGUCCGCUCUUUAAGCCGACCUGCAAGCCGUGCUCCCACAACCAGCCGUCGCGACGACGGUAUUGUGGACGACGCCAACCGAACCAAGGCCGAGCGUAUCGCCAAGCUCAACCAGAAGCGCAUGAACCGUAUGGCCCGACAGGGAGAGGGAGAUCGACACACAACCGCCUCUAUCACCAAGCAUUUGGUUGUCGGCAAGCGUGGCAUGGGCAAGACAAACCGCAGAUAG